AUGUAUAAUCCCGCCGCGUAUGAGCUUUCGCCUACCGAUCAAAGGGGCUUGGUGGUGAUCACUGCCACCAUGCUCAUGUCAUGGAUGGUGAUUGUUUCUUUGAUCCGAUUGUACAUGAGAUUGGCCCUGAAUGGGCCCCUGGGUUGGGACGAUUUGGCAGCUUUUGUCGGAGGUGCUUUCGGAAUCGCAAAUGUGGGCGUGAUCAUGAAGGGUGUCUCUUAUGGCUUAGGCCAGUCUGCCCAGUCGGCUACAGUAGAGCAGUUGACGAAUGAAGGCAAGACUUUGCUCGCUGCAGAUAUCCUUUUCAUUGCAGGUCACUGCGGCGCGAAGCUGUCUGUCUGCCUUCUUCUCAAACGACUAGGUCGUGAGCCCUCCUACCUAUUGUGGUGCAGGGCUACCAAACUUCUUACGGUGCUUUGGGCGAUCGGUUCCAUAAUUGCUAUCGGUAUACUGAGCAACUCCGGGACUCAAUUGGGCAUUGAAAGGAUGGACUCAAGAGUGAACAAUGCUUGGAAAGGCAUUACCACAGUUGAUGUCAUUACGGAAGCCGUUUUGGUGGCACUAAGCGUAUAUUUGGUCUGGGGGAUACGCAUGCAGUUCAAGCAGAAGGUGGCGGUUAUUUUCGCGUUCGGGACUCGGGCGACACUAAUCAUUAUCUCCAUCGUUCGACAAACAUACCUGAACCGCGCAUACUCCGGAACCGAUGUUUCACUAGGACUCUCCGACGCAUUGAUCGCGACGGAAGUCCUUCUACACUUCAGCAUAAUGGCCGCAACGAUGCCGUGUCUCAAGCCGUUCGUCAUCGCUUUCAAUACAGGAUGGGGACAAGGUGUCAGGAAGAAUGGAGGAUCAUAUUAUGUCGAUUCAACCAACACCGCGUCGCAUGCUCAACCCAAGCAACGGAAAGACGAUGAUGAAUUGAACCCGACCGUUACUGGGGCCUCUGAAGGCAGCGACAACUCCCAACAGCUCAUCAUCCGAGAAACAAGAGAGUGGACGUUACAGGCGGAGUAUAUCGAGAUGGACUCCUAUCAGAGAUAA